AUCCGUCAAAACUAUUCAGAAAGGACGGCAAGGAAGUAGAGUGUUCAAGUUUAUCCACUGUUAAAGUUCUCGCGACUUCGAUCCGCGAUGUUCAAUCCGAAAACUCUCAGGCAAACCAUAGUGCCGUCGUUGGUGAUGAAUUUUCUUUUCGGGAUGGGCAUCAGUGACGUUCUUAGCAAAAAGCCAUCGAAACUGAUAGAGUACACGUAUACCCUGUGUGUUUUGAUACUGGUUAAUGUCGGUGGUAUAUUGAUGGUACCUUAUUUCAAUAAAUAUUAUAUAAUUAGCAUGCUCAACUUAAGUAGAGUGGCGUUCAAAUUAUUGAUUUAUGCGAAUAUUUGGACAUUAAGCACGUUGAUCAUCGCCAGCAGAUUAAAUGCGCAGAAAUUACGUACUUUGAUCGCACUUGUAGAAUCGAACGAUCAAGCAAUGGAAAAAGUAGGAUUGCCACGAAUGUAUCGUGCGCUGUUCAUGUAUCAGAUAAAGAUAUUCGUGGUUUACGGAUUUAUCACAGUCGUUUUCGUCGCAGUCACUUCCAAAUGGCAUUUUGCAACAUCCACGCCAACGAUGAUGAAACUGUGCCUUUCCUUCGUAGCCCACGUUCCAUUCAUAGUCAUCUACGUUUCCAGCGUUACCUUCGGCUUUUGGGUCACGUGCUUGAGGUUGAAACUUCACCAAUUGAAUCAAUUGCUUCAUAGUAUGUUGACCACGAUGACAUGGGAAUCGUCGUUGCAUAAAAGAUUUCUACAGAUGAAGAACGAUUUCGAGAACAAUAAAUGGUCGUUUAGGAAUGAACAAGGGAGCUAUGGAAACACGAACAAGAUAAGAUCGAUAAAGCAAAUGCAUCUAGAGAUAAUCAAGAUCGUGAAAGUCGUGAAUGACACGUUCGGCAUGCAGAUUCUGUUGCUGAUGACCACAUCGAUUAUCUUCACCAUUACUUUCCUCUACAUAUUGUAUAGAAUUAUAUGGCUGGAUCUGACCAUGGAUGAACUUAUAAAAGAACUGGUCUCCGUGAUUUCCUGGUUCUUAGUUUACGCGUCGCAAAUCUUGCAUGUGAAUCACGUUUGUGCUAAAACGAACUUAGAGGUAACGACUAUGGGCGAUGUUAUUUGCGACCUGUACGAACCAUCCACCAACAACGAAUUUCGAGCAGAGGUAAAUAUUCAAGACCUGUACAAAAAGAUUCGAAAUUUCACCCUACAGCUGAUACAAAAUCCGGUUGUAUUCACAGCUCAUGGAUAUUUCAACCUGGACCACACGUUCAUUCAAGCAGUCAUUGGAACGAUUACCACGUAUCUGAUAAUUAUGAUUCAAGUGGGCGAUGUGACGAGGUCACGAACCGCGAAAACUCUGAACAAUGAAUCCGAUGAGAUUUUAUUCUAAGGAAUCUAUUUCGGUGGAAAUUGCACUCGACUUAAAGUUAAAUCCAAUUUCUUUCAGUUCUUUUAUUAAAAUCAUAUAAUAUCAAUUAAUAAAGUCACAAAUUGUUUUCAUCAAUUAUAAAUCGUAUUGUACGUUGAAUUUUCCGACAAAAAAUGAUAAAUUCAUCGAAAAGACCAAAAUAGUAUGUUGAACUCGAGUUUCUUCACCAAGUUACUCGGAUAUUCGCCCUGACAAUUUUCCGCCAAUUAGGACGUGGACAGGGAUGAUACCUCAAUUACACUACCCCCUGGUGCGCCCUAUACGAUUCCAGAUGGAGGCGUUAGCCCGUGAAAUUUGGUAAUCUUGAAACUGGAUAGCUCGUAAUUCGGUGAAAAUAGCUACUCCUUCGAACAACCCCUAACCGAUUUUUACUUAGCGAAAAUAACGAUUAAACAGUCUUGGAAAUCUGAAUUAAAAUUACUCUUCGAAGAAUCUAAAAUGAAAUAUUCAAAAAUGAAACCAGAAUGUUUUUCUAUUGACUUUCAAUUUUUCGAAACUCUGCGUGAUUUUAGUAAAAAAUGAAAGCUUCCAAAAUUGUAUUACCGCGUAAUAUUUUCAAGUAAUUGGGUAGGAUGAAAAGAAAAGAAAUUUGCAUUAACCAUGCAGUCUUGUUUCGAUCACUUUCGACUCAAAUAGACGUAUUUUUCUAACGUCAGAAAAUAUCUGCAAUUUAAACACGAUUUCACGUUUCAGUUUUAUGUUAAACAUCUUCCUAAAAUAUCACAAAACCUUUUUCUAUCUGGUCUCUGUACUUUUUGUUAAUUCUCGUUAUUCAUUCGUCGCGAUAUAGCUUCUCUUUCUUUCCUUUCUUUUUUUUUUUUGUUUUGUGUGUAUGUGUUUAUGUAGUUCAUUUUAGUAUAACUUACACAGCACGGAUAAAAUACACGUUUACAACGGGUAUAACAUUAAUUGAGAAUUAAGGGUGCGAACGAGCGUAGCCGUCAGGAGCCACCUGCUACCGUGGAAUACUGGUGGGGCUAGGAGAAUUGAUAUAUUGCACCCAAGGGGACAGAGAGACCAGUUUAGAUGGGUGCAAGUACCGUGUCAUCCCUAAUACUCUCUCCUCUCGUUAACUAACAUUCGUAAGAGAUAUCUGGGCUUUGUUGCCGAUUAAAUUAUUCCGGUCAAUGCGAUCGAAUCCACGAUAGUGUAUGUCUGCAUGUAUAAUAUUGCCAUGUACAAAAGCGUAUCAUUAAUUUUAAAUUUCGAAUUUUAUUUUAAUUGACAAAUAUUACAUUGUCUUUCUUUCUAUUCUAUAUACAUGUAUGUAUUCUAUAGAAAAUAUUAUAAUUUCUUUAACGUUAGCUUUAAAAGCAAGUUUAUUCUUUUUAUAUCAAUUUAAGAAAUAUAAUUUUUUAAUAAUAAUUUUGCAAAGCAAUAUAAUAAUAAUAAUAGUGUUAAUAUUUGUUUAAUAUCGAUGGCUGAUGUUCAUUGAACGGAAACAGAAAGAUAGAUUUCCUUGACCAAGGCAUAUGGUAUGGAUUAAGAUGGAGAUUUUAGAAAAGUAAACUCAAACAGGCUGCUACGAUUCUAAUAAUCCGCAAACGUCGUUUAUCAUGUCGAA